CCGAAGCAGCGCUGACACUCUCACCAUCGUCCCUUUGUUUUUGUCGCUCCUCAGUGUGCGCGCGUGUGAUUAUAUGUGUGCGUGUGUCCCUCCACCCCCCACCUCCCUUCUCCGCCGUGUUCUGCCGGGKACUUGUGAAUGGCAGCCAAUGGGAGGGUUGAGUCCCCUCAGCCUCCCUGACAUCCACAGCGAGAAGUGAUGCAGCGCGGCUGAGAGACGCGCAGUCGGGGCGGAACACCGGCCAACAAAAGCCGCAGCGAGCGGAUACACAGCUCCGGCUUUACGUUUGUGUGUGUUCCCCCCCUGGGGUUUUUUUUCCCUCUCUCUCUCUCCCUCUCUCUUCUGGAAACAUUUUUAUUUUCAAUCAUUCUUCACAAGAAUAAACUUCAUCAAUCAGGGGCUGAUUGCUGCUCUAUGUGAGUCCAAGGAGCCUUUCCUGCUUACAGCAUGAGAACCAAUUCAAUACUCUGACCACCAGACACAGACCUCUGGGGCGGCAGAAGGGUGAAGGUUUUGUGGUUGUCUGGCCAUGAGUCGAAGGACAGUUUGUGCGCUGGUGGUGAUGUGGGCCAUGGCCCACCUCAGCUCUCCGGGUUAUGGCCUCAGGGCUCUUCGAAGGACUACAGGGGGACGGAGAGGAUCGACGGGACUAAUGGGACAGGAUGCCAAYGGAGUGCCACUCAGACGCUCUAAACGAGGCUGGAUGUGGAACCAGUUUUUUCUGUUGGAGGAGUACACCGGGACAGACAUGCAGUACGUCGGAAAGCUUCAUUCGGACGGAGACCGGGGAGAUGGCAGCGUGAAGUACGUCCUCACCGGUGAAGGAGCAGGCACCCUGUUUAAGAUUGACGAAAAGUCGGGGGACAUCCACGCCACCAAGAGGCUGGACCGGGAGGAGAAGGCCUACUACAUCCUUCAUGCCAAAGCCGUCAACCGCUUCACCAACGAGGCGCUGGAGGGCGAGUCCGAGUUCAUCAUCAAGAUCCACGACAUCAACGACAACGAGCCUCGCUUCACCAAGGACCCGUAUAUGGCCGCCGUGCCCGAGAUGUCUGACGUCGGCACGCCGGUGAUUCAGGUGACGGCCACGGACGCAGAUGACGCCACAUAUGGGAACAGCGCCAGGGUGGUGUACAGCAUCCUGGAGGGACAACCGUACUUCUCUGUGGACCCUGAUACCGGCCUGAUAAAGACCGCCCUACCUGGCAUGGACAGGGAAGUCAAAGAACACUACCAAGUCGUGAUCCAGGCCAAAGACAUGGCGGGACAGAUGGGCGGGCUCUCAGGAACCACGACGGUCAGCAUCGCCCUCUCGGACGUGAACGACAACCCGCCACGCUUCAUUAAGACUCUGUAUGAGUUCAGAGUUCCUGAGUCCAACGAACUGGGCUCUGCGGUGGGGGUCAUCCGAGCCAUGGACGCCGACAUUGGCGACAACGCCGAGAUGGUCUACAACAUCAUCGGGAGCGAUGGCCCCGGGAUGUUUGACAUCACCACCAACAGGAGCACGCAGGAGGGCGUCAUCGUGCUCAAGAAGCCCCUGGACUACGAGAAGAAGCGUCAGUACAGCCUGACCGUUCAGGUGGAAAACGACAAAAUCAACCCGCGUUUCUACUCCAUGGGGCCCUUCAGGGACACGGCCACCGUCAAGAUCGUGGUGGAGGACAUGGAYGAGCCGCCCGUGUUCGAGCGCGCCAGCUACAUCAUGGAGGUGAAGGAGGACGCCGCGAGGAACACGAUCAUCGGCUCGGUCAGCGCGUCCGACCCUGAUGACAAACACAGUCCUGUCAGGUACACUAUUGAUCGGCGCACAGACAUGGACCGAGUGUUCAACGUCCACGCGGGGAACGGGUCGGUGUUCAUCCUCAGGGAGCUGGACCGGGAGGAGAACGCCUGGCACAACAUUUCCGUCAUCGCCACCGAGUUCAACAACCCGCGGCAAAUAAGCCGGGUGCCCGUGUACGUCAGGGUGCUGGACAUCAACGACAACGCUCCAACGUUGGCCACCAAUUACGAGGCGUUCGUGUGUGAGAACGCCAAGGCUAAUCAGAGGAUAGAAACGGUGAGCGCCACGGACCCUGACGAGCCCCUCGGAGGACAUCGCUUCACCUUCAGCCUGGCACCGGAGGCUGCCGGGAAGGCCAACUUCUCUGUCAGGGACAACAAAGACAACACGGCGUGGAUCCUGACUCGAAGGAACAGCUACAACAGCCUCCAGAAGAGCAUCUACCACGUCCCCGUGGUCAUCUCCGAUGGCGAGUUCCCCRUGCAGAGCAGCACCAACACGCUCACCAUCAGGGUGUGCACCUGCGACCGCGAGGGCAAGAUGAAGCUGUGCAACCCCGAGGCACUGACGGCGAGGGCGGGGCUCAGCACYGGCGCCCUGGUGGCCAUUUUACUCUGCGUCCUCAUUCUGCUCAUGAUCGUGGUGCUGUUCGCUGCCCUGAGGAGGCAGAGGAAGAAGGAGCCUCUGAUCAUCUCCAAGGAGGAUGUCAGGGACAACGUUGUCAGCUACAAUGACGAGGGGGGAGGAGAGGAGGACACCCAGGCCUUUGAUAUUGGCACGCUGCGCAACCCGGAGGCCAUUGAGGAGAGCAAACAGAGGAGGGACAUCAUCCCCGAGACCUUCUACCCUCCGGUGAGACGGCCUGCGUUGCCCCCGAGCCGGGACAAUAACGGGGAUGUGAGAGACUUCAUCAACCAGAGGCUCCAGGAUAACGACAGCGACCCGACAGCGCCGCCUUACGAUUCCUUGGCRACCUACGCUUAUGAGGGAAACGGCUCCAUAGCGGAGUCCCUCAGCUCGCUGGAGUCGGUGACCACCGAGGGCGACCAGGACUACAACUACCUGAGCGAGUGGGGGCCGCGCUUUAAGAAACUGGCGGACAUGUACGGAGGGGACGAGAGCGACAGGGAUUCUUAACGACCCUGGCAMAUGGACGAGGAGAUUAAAACGUUGAACUUUCACGCCGGCCAUUCCGGUGGAAAYGUGUGGCGGGUUCAAGAAGAGACGAGCGCCGUUUGUGCUCCUUCACCGCUGUCGCCUUUCAGUUGUCCCUCCGAUGACCAGACGUAGGCUUUGUGUGUCCAGUCAGUGUUAGUUGCGUUUCGCAGGGACGCAGACAAGACCUUCUUUUUUUUCCCCCGUGAGUGUGUGAAUAUGGGAUUUAAACGAAGCCCACAUAUAUCUAAAAAAACUCAUUUUUGAUUUGUUUUUCCAAAGCUGCCUGUGACGGACGCUCACUACCUGCAGCUUUGUAAAUCAACAGAUAUGCCGAUGUAUUUUUCAGUGUUUCUGGGACAAAAACAUGCUGCAUAUUAAGAGUUCUACCUUAGCUUGUGAACGUACGGUAAUACGAAACAAUACGCUGUACAGUUUUGUUUUUGUGUUUUUGUUUUUUUUUCCUCCAGGGGAUUUUUAUCUUGAAAACAGUCCCUCUCCUCGGUGAUGUCUGCCUCACUCACGGUAACCACUUUUCAACAGUCAAGCUUGAGCUCAGUUAGAUUUUUGAGGCACCUUUGUGUUGGUCAUGGCAGCUGUUGUAAAACUGCUAAUGUUCUUGAAAAGGACCAUAGGGAUUUGCAGCCAGAAAAAAAAAAAAACAUCCAUAAACACAACAGUUUGUCUUUCUUUUUUAUUUUUAAAUUGUAUCUCCAUACAGCUCUGAGCAUUUGCCGUGAGGUGUGCUGAAAUACCAAAUAUUUCCCUACUGAGGUGAAUGUUGCCAGAGCCACUUUGUUCAAUUUGAAGGCUGAAUACUGAAGUGUGCAUUUUAUUGUUUUAACUUCAACCGUAUGAUGACGAUUCAAAGCUCUAASAAGUAAAAAUUCUGGUUCUGUUGGGACUUGAUUUUACUGAGAUACUGUAUAAGGAAAUGUAAAAGUCAAGCCUCCAGUGAGUUCCAGCACUCAGUUAGAUCAGAUCAUCCCUAAAACCUGUCAACAAUUAGACAUUUACUGGUUUCUUUCUCUAAUUUGUUUAUGUUAUCUCAUUUUAUUAUAUUGUUUSAAGCACGGAUUGAAAAUGUUUCAAGGAGAGAGUUGCUGAUUGGAUGUCCUCGACUUUGGGAUCAAAAAUCUUUUGAAGUGGAACAAAAAAUGAAAUUCUAAAAAGGUGUCACAUGGCAUUUAGUACAUCAAAAAGCAAUUGGACAUAAUGUUUUUUUCUUACUGUUAAGAAAAAGUCUACAUGGUGUCCUGAGAGUGGCUUUGACCUACACUGAAGAAUGUAUAAUGAAGGAACAGCGCUGUAACAGAAAUGUGCCAAAAAGCAAAGAACACCAGUAUUUUCCUUUCAAAAGGCCUCCUGAUCGUUGCAGACCGUUCCCUUCUUCUCAUUACAUGCACUGUACUUGGUGUCGAAGCCUAACCAAAUGGUCAGGCUUUACCCAGCUGAUUUCCUGUGGGACCAUCAGCCUCUUCCAUAAAGAUGUUUAUCGAGGGGCACCUGACCUUUGAGUUGAGCCGUAUUAGGCUUUUAAACCCAGAAGAUUUUCCUCCGCUCGGAGAGAAGGUCAGAGCAUCGACGAGGACACGCGGGGGUUUCGGUUUAAAUGUGAUUUAGAAAACAAAGGAAAGCGAUCCUUAAGCAGCAGUGUUUUUCAUAUUGGUUUAAGACCUCCGAAAUUUGUGUAUAAAGCUUUCAGAAGCAGGGAGGAGGUUGAACGGAGAGGGAGCAAAGUGAUAUCAACAUGAAAAAAACACGCCAGCUACAACAUGCUCUGCCCUCACUUUAACAAAAGGCCAACCUGUGAAGAGGCUGACAUUUGUCAGACAUUUGGAACAGAAAUAACACAACACAAUGGCAUAAUUGCCACCGUGCUACUUUCUUCUCUCCAUCAGUAAUGGUGCAGACCAUUAAGCCAGCCGACUGAUUAUAGAGUGGCUGGAAAACUCUAUGAGCAGCUAUUGUAUACACGUGUUCUCCUCUUGUUUUGUUUAUUAGUUUGCUGCUGGAGCUCCUAUUGUGCGAGUAGCCAUUUCAGACUGCUGCAGUGUUUCUAUGAUAAGCAUUAAAUGGGUUAAAAAAAACCAUAACUGCUAGAAAGCUGCAUGUCUGCCUUCAGGUACAGUGUGUAUGGCACAAUGAAAGGGACAAAAGAGUAGUGAACACUCAGCUGAAGGUAUAUACCUGCCCAAAUCUGCUACUGAUCAGGUCAAUUAUUAACCAGCCUCGAUUAAUUUCGCAACCAGCUCCUUAAACUUGGACAGUAAAUCCCAUUAUCAACGUUAAGCCACAGGACUGUGACUGUUGGAGACUAGCUGCCGGUGUCCAGCAUUUGCGGGGGAGUCUCCAAAAUGCCUCAAAACUGACUUUCCAAGUUGGAUUCCUGUUUGAUUUUCAGCAGGCAACUUAGAAAUGCACACUUUUAGGUUCAAAAUGAAUGGUAGAAUGCACCACAGACACUCAAACAAGGCCCAAACAAAAAAGUAUUCAUAAUUGUAUGUACAAAGUUAUUCGUGAUUUUCUCCCAAUUUGUAUCUUUUCAAAUCAGUUUAAAUCAGCAAAAUUCCACCCAAUCUCUAACGGACAACUGGCUUGUAACAUCAUCCCUUGCAUACUUUUUUAAAAAUCUUUUACGGUCUUCAGUGAAGUUAGCAAAGUGAUUCUAUUUGACUAGCAUAUCUUAGCUAAAAAUCCAUUAAGUUACACUUCCUUUAUUGAACAUUAGCAUCAAAAUGUUAUUGAUUAGCUAAUAAUAGUGAACUACUAACCUUUUGAAACAGAUAACCUGCUAAACCAUUUAUUGCUUUAGAGACUAGGACUUUGGAGCUAAAAAUAUUAGCUGUUAAUUUGAUUUAUUGCCUUUUAUUUAGUAGAGGUUUUUGUGCUAUGCCAACAAUAUGUAGACCUACUGUGAGCUGCAGUCUGGUAGACUGUCCAGUGAGUGGCUUUGUUUGAUUCUUGAUUUACUGCUCAUGUAUAAAUUGUGGUUGUUUUAUCAGAAAUCGCCAACAAUUUCUUGAUUACUAGCCAAUUGUCAGAUAUAUACCCAGUUUUGGGUGAAACAUUGCCUCCAGCUACAAGCUGUGAAGCAUUUACCUCAAAGUCAGAACUUGAAUAUAUGAAUGCUAUCAAACCCCCCCAAAAAAUCCCUUUUCCAGAUGAAACAAGUCCAUGUUCAGGUUGUAAAAUUAGUGGGAUUUGCUCAUUGUUGUGCUCAGUACCCAGGCUGUUUUAUAGCAAUAGAAGGUGAUGAAGUGGUCUUUAUCUGCAUUUAAACAUUGUAACAACAUGUUCUCUAAUAGGUGUUGUAAAGUGUUGUUUUGUCAAACGAGUGCAGAUAUUUCCACUUUUCCUGUUUGAGGCAGCCAUGCUGGAUUUUGAGGCUGGUGAGAAACGUCACAAAUUCCAAGUCAGAAUCCCGACUUCAGGGGAUGUUUUUCUGACUUAGGAAAGCACUAAUACCUUGGCCAACUGCUCACCUGUCUGAAAUUUGUCCCUUUUGCUGUGCCACGUGAGGUCUCAGAUAGAAACCAACUCAAUGUUUUCUUCUUUGGUCUUGACAUUUUACUGUUUUUCUAUGGGCUGUCAACAUAUCGUAAUUAUUUAAAACCGUUUUUGAUGAGGGGUGUGACUGCCUCCAACGUCGUCGCCAUUCCCAAUUUCUUUUUUUCUUUUAAGUGUGUGCGUGUGUGUGUGUGUGUUGAGGGAACUCAUUGAAGCAGCUGCAGUUUCCUCGCUCCAGAUACAGUAGAUCUGUGGUUGUUGAUGUGCAGGUCGGUCUCAGGGCUCGAGCCUCUGCUGUGCUAUAAUAUGUCGGUGGCAACGUGGUUGAGUAGUUUUGUCGAUGUAGAAACAAUCUGAGAGAUCGUGGUAGUCUAAGGAGCCCAACAUCACUGGCCAUUCAUCACUCUGCUUUGUAAACCGUGAUAUUUUGUACUGAAUAUUUAUAUGACACAAUUAAACAUGUUUAAAAUCAA